AUGGGUCGGAUUGUGAUCGCCGGGUUGUUUCCUUUGUCAGACAGGGUCCCAGAGGGGCACAUCGGGCGUGGAGUUCAACCCGCGGUGGAACUUGCCCUGGGCAUGAUCAACAACGAGACAUCCAUCCUGCCUAAACAUCAUCUUGACAUUGUCCAAAGCGACACUCAAUGUGACAUGGCGGUGGCGACAAAGUUCUUUUUUGACCUCGUCGCCAGCAACAAUACCGUUGUCAUGGUGUUUGGAGACGCAUGUUCAGCCGUGUCAGGACCCAUCGCUGAAAUAUCAAAGGAAUGGAAUGUCUGGCUGUUGUCUUACGCCGACAUGGACCCGGCUUUGUCGGACCGAAAGAAGUACCACAACUUCUACAGGACGGUUCCCAGCGAUAACGACUUCAACCCGGCCCGUCUUGCGCUUCUCAACGAGUUCAACUGGACCUCCGUGGGAACCAUUUUCCAAGGAGUCACUAAGGGAACGGCUAGAUAUGGGCAUGCCCACAACAAUCUUGCGUCGCUGUUGGAGAAAGCGGACAUUGAAAUUGUGAAAUCUGUUGCUUUUGUCAAUGAUCCGGAACACGCCAUUAAAGAACUAAAGAUGGCAGACGUACGUAUAAUUAUAGGGAAUUUUGACGAACAGAUGGCACGUUUGGUGUUUUGCCAUGCGUAUCAAAACGGGAUGUACGGUCCAAAGUACCAGUGGAUCAUUCUGAGCGGGUACCGGAAGAAUUGGUGGACGUUCGCGGACCCUGCCUACAACAUGACGUGCUCCCUAGCGGAACUGAACACCACCGUAUAUGGCUACAUCGCCACUGAUAUUCUCCCCCUCUCUAGUAGCAGAAGACGUACAGAGUCAGGCCUGACGCCUCAAAAAUAUCACAAGGAAUAUAACCGAAUUCGGCGUCAAGCUGGGACCCCAUACAGCAAGUAUCACGGCUACGCCUUCGACGGCGUUUGGGUGAUCGCCAAGGCGGUAGACGCUAUCUUCCGGAAAUGGGGUGGGGACGGUCCUUCCGGUCACCAUCUUAGUCGUGACCUUUUUCGGGGAAACCGAAUACCAUCAGCACUCAAUGAUACAAACUUCCGUGGUGUCACCGGAACAAUUAAAUUUAGCAGCGGUGACAGGGUCGGAGCUGUCCUCUUAGAGCAAUACCAAGGCGCUGGCAUGGUGAAAAUCUACGAGUACCACAGAAUCAAUGACGUCAUCACAAACAAAAGCAAAGACAGUCGACCAAUCAUCUGGAGGGGCGGAAAUGGUCCUCCUAUCGACCGGAAGCAAGUACGUGUGGAGUUCCAGCGCGUGCCCAAUGGGGUCUACUAUAGUAUGUGUACUCUGUCUGGGAUGGGCGUCACGGUGGCGGUCUUUUUUCUUAUUGUUAACAUUAUCUUCCGGGAGCACAGAUAUAUCAAGAUGUCAUCCCCGAAUCUGAACAACAUUAUAAUAGUAGGUUGUAUCCUCACCUACCUUAGCGUUUUUCUACUCGGUACCGACGGAGGGGUCAUCAAUAUCAAGUACCUCAGAUAUAUAUGUACGUCGCGGGCAUGGGUUCUGUCUAUCGGGUUUACCCUCGCAUUUGGCGCCAUGUUCAGUAAAACAUGGAGAGUACACUCGAUAUUUACCAACAUCAAACUUCACAAGAAGGUCAUCAAAGACUACAAGCUGAUUUUGGUUGUGACCGUGUUACUAUUUAUAGAUGCAGCCUUACUAGUCACGUGGCAAAUAUUGGACCCUCUACAAACUUCCAUCAAGAACCUCACUGUCAUUAAGGAAGGCGACUUGGACGUGAUUCCUGUAGUUGAGUACUGUGUCAGUCACAAGAUGACCAUAUGGCUCAUACUCAUAUACGCAUACAAAGGAAUGCUCCUAGUGUUUGGCUGUUUUCUGGCCUGGGAAACCCGACAGGUCAGCAUCCCCGCGCUCAACGACUCUAAAUACAUCGGCAUGAGCGUCUACAACGUCGUCAUCAUGUGCAUUUGUGGCGCCGCAGUCUCUUUCGUCAUCAACGAUCAGCCUACGUCAUCAUUCGUCAUCAUGGGAUUCUUCAUCAUCUUUAGUACGACAAUCACACUUUGUCUCGUCUUUAUGCCAAAGAUAAUUGAAAUCAAAUGUGACCCAACGGGCGAAGAGCGGAGGAUCAGAGCGAGGCUACAGAAACCAAAAAGGCAGUCGAGUCGAGAUGAAAUGACGUUUGACCUCCAGAAGAAGAAUGACGAUCUUCAAGCGGAUAACAUCCGGUGCAGAAAUAUCAUUGCUGAGAAGUUGCGACUUCUCCACAGCCUAAUGGAACAACUAGGGGGUGAUACACGAGAGAUACAUUACCUUGGACAACAUGCAGCGGAGGUCCGGGAACCAUCAUUAAUGGUCCACAGGAAAGUUAUUGAGCUUCGUCUAGCAGAUUCUUCGCCUAGUAAAUUGUCAACGGGGUCGGAUUUUGACGACGGGUCCCUGAUGUCGGACAUAAGUUACGGUUCAACUGCGUGGACGAUGGCUCAAAACCCUGUUCACCGCCACGCUGGAAGGGCAACCAAAUCCAUAAAUUCUAUCGGAACAGAUUUCUCUGGAAAGAGCGGGUUGACAAAGCGGAGCUCUGUGAAAACAUGCCAGACGGAGAUAGAGGAGGAGGGGGAUGAUGACGUGUUUGGUGGCGUCUACUGUGGCCCUUCUAACAAUCGCACCUCCGCCAAACUGACCAACACGUGCAAGAAAAAUGGCAGUGCAAACCCGAUAACUGAAGUUCACCCAUUAAUGCACGAAUUCCCUAACAAAUCAUAUAUGACUACGGAAAAUGACAUCUAUAAACCGGUGAUCGGUAACAAUAAAAUAGAAUUGGCCAUGUCAAAACGGGAUGUACGGUUCCAAGUACCAGUGAAUCAUCCUCAGCGGGUACCGUUAGAACUGGUGGACGCUCGAGGACCAUGCCCUCAACGUCACGUGUUCGCUUGCGGAGCUGAACACCACCAUAUAUGGCUACAUCUUUACUGA